GAUGAUGAUUAUUAUUAUUAUUAUUAUUAUUACCUCCCAAAAGAUGCACAAUUAUACAAUGACAAAGCAUUUAUUUCACUCAUGAGUUUUCUUAUACGGUGAUAAGAUAAUGAUAUUCAUAAUAUUUUAAUCAGAGAGCGAAUAUGUACUUAAUAAAACCAAAUCACCAAAAUACCAUUUUUUAAAUGAAAAUAUUGGAAGUUUAGGUCAUUAUAGAAGCAUAUUGCACAGAUAUAUGAAUUUAAUAAUAACAGCAGUGAAUAACAGUGCCAUCAAUAAACUACAUGUAGAAUAAUUCUAUUAUGAAUCUACAUUCCUUUUUUCUUCCAAAAUAUUAAAGUUUGUGUUUUGUGUGUUUCAGUGUGUGAGUCAGUUCGUUUUCAGAAACCACACACUCCCUACGGUUACCAAAGACGACUAGGACAGUGUCGAGUGGAUAAACACCCGCUGUGUACUGACGAGGACGUGGUGAGUUUAAACUGAUGCUCCAGUAAGUUCAGGCUCCAGUAAGUUCAGUGUUCUUUCUGAGGUAUUUUAUGUUAGAGUAUUUUGUAAGUAUGAGGUAAAAGGUGAAAUGAAUCACCAGAUUCACUCUAUAAAGCUAGAUACAAAUAAUAUUAGCAAUUAGUGUGGAAUAAAUUCUGAAAAUAUGCAACAUAAAUCAUUAAAUUCUCUUCACAUAUAACUAUAUUGUAUUUUCACUUAUAUGCUGUAUUAAAUUUCAUCCUCUAAACCAACAUUAUUUUAAUAAGAAUACCUGCUGAGACUGGAACUGUAUGAAUUACACUCUAGUUGUUCAAUGUUUUAAUUUGUCUGUGUGCAGGAUGUGAAGUGUCCAUCAGGCUGUCGGCUGCAGGGUUUUAUUGACGAGGCAGACGGAGAUGUUUAUAAGCAUCUCAGCAAAAUCUGUGAAAAGAUAAACAAUAUAAAACCGCAUCUUCAUCUACAGAGAUAAAAACGGCUCAGUUCUAUGAAGCGCAAAGGAAGAUUAUCGUCAGAACAUACAUGAAAGAAAUGCGCUAUGCUGGGGUCGCUGAGACGCUCCACAGGAACCUGACACUGCUAUGGGAAAAGUCCACAGAGCUCUCCAGAGAACUACAGAAGUACCACAGACAAGUCGAGAAUCAGAUCAAUGAAAUCCACCAGUUGGAGGUGGACAUUGACAUCAAACUCUGUGCGUGCAAAGGAUCAUGCAAGCAAACCUUUGACCAUGUGCCUGAUCAUGAGAUGUUCAAAUCAAUGCAGGACAAAAUGACCAUGUUCAACUUGAUCACAACACAAAAAACAUUUACCUUGGACAAAAAACUCAAACUGCAACCUGUCCUUCGACCUCGUGUUUCUCUCGCAUACAGAAAAUUACCUUUUGUCCACUCAAAACUGCUCACAAAGUUUGAGGACAUCGAGCAAAAUCAGGUGGUGCUGGAUGAGCUCCAGGAGGAUAUGUGGAAUUCUGAUGGAGGAUCGAAACCAUAAAAAAAUACAUGUGGACUUUUAUCAUGACUUGAACACUGCUGUUUUAUUUUGAUGAAAAACUAAAAAGUCACAUGAAAGUUGUGAAUCUUUUCUCUAGAUGUUUUUAAUAUGCUGUGUUUAAUUUUGCAAGUUCAAUACAGUACAAAUAUAAAAUAAAAUGAGAAUUGUUUAAAUACAUUCUAAAAAAUGCUGCAGCAGCAGGAACUGAAGUAGGAGAAGUAAAUAUCUAGAGCUGUAUUCAGAGAUUUUGUGCACAUUCAGACCCCAGACUUAAGCUCUACUCAGACGCUACUCUGAAUAAUGACUGUGGAAGUGCAGUGAUUUGCAGCGAUUAAUGUGAUCAUUAUAAUGAAAGAUGCAUUUAGAUGCACUUUCUCCUCCUGCCAUUUUAUUAGAGCAACACAAACAGAGUUUGGAAAAAGAAAUCUUUCACCAAAUUUCCCAAAUACUGUCGAUACAGUCGAUUGGGAGGCAGCACGAGAAAACUUAUUCAAAACACCAAUCAUCAGUUAAUUCAUUAUAAAUACUUCCACCGUUUAUACUCGAGAUCUCAGAAAUGUUUCACCAGAAAAGCCGAUCUGAAUCCUUCCUGGAACUUCUGGCCACACUAACAGACAGGAAGCUGGUGUGUGAGUGAGGGAAUGUUCAGAAUUUCUGUGAAUAAUUUGCCUCCACUUUAUCCUAUGUAAUGGGAAGAGAAAUCGCAGUGGACCUGGCUGUAUGUCUACUUAAUGAUUCGAAACUAGCUCUAACAGAAAAACAGGAAGAUAUGGCUUACUGGACUCACAAAAAACAGUUCCUCUCCAUAAUCUUACUGUACUUUGCUCCUAAUUCUGGUUAAAUGAUAUGCAUGAAAUGAGUAACGCGUGAAUACUGACAGGGUUAAAGCCAAAGCCUCUGCUGUAGUAAUAUGGAGACAUGUUGGUAAUGAGAUAGAAGGAAGAUUAAACCCACAAUCAUCUGACCUCCAGUGUUCAUCGUAAUGUAUAAUAUCAUCAUCUUUUACUGUACCACUUUUCUUUGUUCACUUUAUUUAUUGUAAUGUAUUUCAUUUCAUUUUAUUUAUUUACUUAUUUAUUUUUUCAUUUCAUUAUAAAGUUUAUGUAUUGGUUACUAAAUACAAUAAAAAAAAAAAAACUUCUAUACAUUAUAAACGUGUCAUCUGACCUUCCUGGAGGUUUCUUUCCUGCAUUUACAUUCAAAACUGUUAUGAAGCUUCAUUCAUUUCUUCAUAAAGCCAAUCAAGUGGAUGAUCCUUAUGCCGUCAAACUCAUAGAGGUGCUCAGAAAU